AUGGCAAUUGGGGCCCUGGCGCCGCCGCUUUUCGCCCAGCCCACGGCGACGCAGUCCGCGCAGUCCGUGGAGUCCGCGGAGUCCGCGGAGUCCGCGGAGUCCGCGAAGUCCGCGGAGACGAGGUCCUGCCGGGCGGCGAAGCUGGGGCGGGAUGCGGACCGGCGGGAGCUGAGGAGCUUGGAACGGGACGUGCCCUUCUAUGUUCUGCGCGCGGCCAAUGGCAACCCCAAGACCGCGCUGGGCCGCUGGAUGGAGACGCUGAGGUGGCGAUGUGAGAUUGGAGACGAGGCGAUCGUCUCAAAGCCCAAUCCCAACUUCUUCAAGAUCCAUCGGGACUAUCCCACGUAUUUGCACCUCCCGGACCAGGCGGGGCGGCUCACCUACUGGCAGAUGGCCGGGCAGCUGAACCCGGCGGGGUUGUCGGAGCAGGGUAUGACCCCCGAUCUGGUGCGGGACGACUACGUGUGGCAGACCCUGUUCACCUAUGACCUGUGGCUGCAGCGGGACGGCGAGCAGGAGAUCACCAUCAUCAUCGACAUGGAGGGCUUCCAGCUGUCCUCGGUCACCCCCAGCAUGCUGCAGAUCUUCUCUAAGAGCUACUCGGUGAUCCAGAAGCACUUCCCGGACCGGGAGCACCUGGUGGUGGUGAUCAACGCGCCGGAGUGGUGGGGCGCGAUCUGGCAGCUCUUCAAGCCCUUGAUCCCGCAGAGACAGCGGGAGAAGCUGCGAGUCCACACCACGCCCUUCAACUCUGAGGAUCUGCUGGACGUGAUCGAUGCAAAGAACAUCCCUGAGAAGUACGGGGGCUCCAGCGUCCCUCUCGGGGAGGCCCCGGCAGAGCUGAAGCGACGCAAGUUUGCCGCGGAGGGCGCGGCAUGA